AGCUAAUCCAAAGAAUUAAUUAACAAAGAGAAACUCAAAAAAAUACUAAAUGAGUCUAUGAGCUUGACGUAGCGUUAAUUGAAUAAUAAAAAAGUUGGCAAAAAAAAUUUAAAUAGUAUAAUGACAGAUGAAAACUCUCAAAAUUUCAAUUUAAAUAGCACCAAAUUAGGUUUUAUAAAUGAAAGAAAAUUUAGUUGGAAUGAAACUUAGCCAACAUCAGAAAAAAAAUUAUUUGAAAAUUCAUUAAAAUCUCCAAAGAAUUUUUCAAGUUAAUAAAUAUUUGUUCCUAAAAUAAAUCUUGAUUCCUCUCAAAAUUUGAAGUUAGCAUUUAGCUAAAACCUACCCAAACUUAAUAGAUUGAAAACAGAGUAUUCUUAAAGCGGUAUUGAAUUCAAAAAAAUAGAUAGCUCAAUGCUAACAAUAAACACUAACGAUUAAAUGAUAGAAGCUUAAAUAGAAAGAAAUAUUGCACUUUAAAACAAUUUUUAGCAAUUAUCUAUCAAAGUAUUAGACGUACUUGAAAAUAUUCGCAAUAACGACAGUGAUAAAGUUGAUUCUACUAUGGAGGAAUUACUUGUUUUUUUAUCUUCAACUUGUAAAACUGAGUUAGAAUUAUCAAAAAUGAUUAAUUUGAGUAUCAAGCAAAGCAAUAAAAUCAGCUAAAUAAACCUUCUUAAUUAGAAAUUAAAUGAUAAGCUGUCUUUCUUUUAAGAGAAGUUCUAACUAACAAAUUAUAAAAGUGAUGAAAUAAAAGAAAAAUAUCUUAAAAGCAUAAAAGAGCUUAAUUUGAACAAAAAAGUAAUACUGAAUCAAAAGAAGAUUAUUGAACAGCUUGAACAAAGACUUGAUUUCAUACUAUCAUCUGACUAUCUAAAUGAAUAGCAAAUACCUAAGUCUUAGAACAUCAGAAAAGUUGUCACCGAGCUAGUUAAAGAAAACGAAAAUCUUAAAAGAGAUAACAUGAAGAAAGAUGAAGAACUAAAGAGAUUAACAGAUAUCAAAUUAAAAUUAAAUCAAAAACUAAAUUUACUAAGUUAAAAAAUAGAAUUCCUUAAAUCAAGAGUUUCAAUCAAAGAAAUAGAUGAAAUAUUCUUAGAGAAUAGCAAUCUUAAGAUAAGCAAAAAUAUUAACAAUAACUACAAAGAAAAUGGAUCAAUCCUUUAAAAUGACGAGCUACCAGAAAAAUUAGAUUUCAGGGUAAAUUAACUGAGAAACGAAUAUAAAUCUUUGGUAGUAGACUUGUUAGAACAUGGAUCAAACAUAUUUUUGGAAUAAUAUAAUGAAAUGAAAGAUGAAAAAAGAAAAUCAGAGUAUGUUAAGCUCAUUUUGUCAUAAUAUCUACUCUUAAAUGAUUUUGCAGAAAGGUGUAAUAAAAUUAGUUAACUUGUUCAUCAAUUAGAAAGGAUUGAUAAUAUAGAUGAUUUACUCAACCAAACAAAUAUUGAACUAAAAUAGAUUUUUAAAUGCAAAUAAGCUCACGUAUGGCUUUAUGAUUAACUAACAGGAAUAUUUUUUACCAUAAAUGAAAAUAAUAUUGAAGAAAGAGCACUUAAUUGCAAAGGGCUCUUUAGUGAAAUAAUAAAACACUAGCUAGCCUCAAAUAAAUCUGAAAAUUAAGAUUUUGUUGUCUAUCAGUAAAUAGUGCAGGAAACGCAGCUUUAAAAUAAUGCAAAAAAAUAAGGUUUACAGAAUGAGAAAUUGGAUAAUUUUAUUUAUUCGAAAACUUGUUUAUGCAUCCCAUUGACAUUUAGUGGAAUAAAGAAGCAAACUAUUGGAAUUUUAGAAAUAACAGGAUCAAAAAGCAAGGUUUUUUCAGUAGAUGAUGAAUAUUGUGCUGUAAUUAUAUCCCAAUUUUUAAAUAACUAAGUAGCAAGGAUAAGAGAGAUGAGAAUUAAAUUAAUGGAAAAUAGGUAUAAAGAUUUUUUAUAAGAAGCAUUUUUGAGUUUAGUUUAAUGCUUAGAUAAAAUUUAGUUCACAAAUUGUAUUAGUACUUGGCUGCAUAAAAUCUUUACAAUAACUCAAUUUAAGUUUUAUUUUGUAUAAAAUGAAACAUUAAAAAAUGAUAAAAAUUAAGAAUUUUCUAAAUAGCAUGGCUGGGCUGGGCAUGUAUUGUAAGUAAACUAAACUAUGAUAGUCCAAAAUAUAAAAAACACUGAUAAUUUCGAUCCCUUGGUAGAUUUAUACAGUAUCCUACCAAUAUAGAUUAUUCCAAUUCAAAACAAUUAAUAAACAGUAGCCAUAAUUGAGGUUCCUGUAAAAAAAUGUAAUAGGACUUCUUCUGUGUAGGAUGAAUUCACAUUUUCUAGCUCGCCUUUUAUGGGGUUAGAUAGUUCCUUUGACAAUGCCUUAAAAUAAUUCUGCACUCAUAUUGCAAUAGCUCUUAGCAUAAAUAAAAUUUAUUGA